AUGGCGGCGAUCGCCACCCAUGUGCACCAUCCACCGGCAGCCCUCUCACGCUGCGGACCGCCGUCCAACCCCUUCCUCCGCUUCGCCCCCUCGCCGUCGAUCCUCCUCCGGUCCCGCGCAGCGGCGACGCCUCCGCUGGCUCCCAUCGGCGCGCGCAGCAACAACGACGACCCCAUCUCCUACCCAGAGCCCCGUAAAACCUCGCUCGGUCUCUCCCCCCUGCUCGUCGCCGUGGCAGCGGCGGCGACCCCGCAGGCCGCGCUGGCCCUGUCCGGCGGCUCCUGCGGCGGGUGUGACGACUCCUCCAGUUCGUCGUCCUCCUCCUCUUCCUCGUCCUCGUCCUCGUCCUGCGAUGACUCCACUACCGACUCCAUAGAUUGGUCAUCCACGUCCUUCUCCUCUAAGCCGAAGAAGAAGGAGGGGGCCGAGGCGACUCACGAGUCAGUCGGCACUCCGGCGGCUCCUCCGUUUGGCUUGAGCUCUGACCAGUGGUUCUGGGGCACCUUCGCCUUGGGAUCCGCCGGCGUCGUUGCCUUAUUCGUCGCCCUGCAGAAACUGCUGGGCGAGAAGACCGCCGUUGUUAAGCUCCAGGUUGCGCUGCGUGAUACGGCGAUGGUAAAAUCACUCCAAAAGGAUCUGAAUUCCAUUGCUGAGAGGGUGGAGGGUUCGAACCGAUGGUGGUACAAGUUCAUAUUGACCGAGACCAUGUAUUCCUUACGCCGUCACCAGCAUUGCUGCAUCUCUUCAUGCUUAUCAGUUGUCACAACAAACAUAGAGGGUUCUUGGAAGGAGCAUUUUGACAGGAUUUCUGCGGAGGAGAGGAGCAAAUUUGAUGAAGAAACACUUUCGAACUCGAACGGGGUCAAACAAAAGAAAACCUACUCCAUGAAAACAGAUGGCAGCAGAAACGAGUACAUAGUGGUAACCAUUCUCGUUGCUGCUAAUGGAACAAUAAAUCUCCCCGUGGCGAUCAAAAGCCCUGCAGAUCUGGAAGAGGUAGUGGCAAGGCUCAACUCUACGCCUGCAAGUGAACUUCGGGGUGUUCGAGUCAUGUGGACCCCUCAAGAUGCGGAUGACGUUCUCUCAGAAGAGAGGAUGCGGAAGGAUUACCCAUACCUGAAGCCCCUUGCGUGAUGACGAGCAGACAGAGUUCUGCUGCUCAUCGUGCCUUUGGAUGGGGGUUGACGGUCACCAUGUAACCCCGGCCCUUUUCUAGUUAUAAGAACACAAGCAAGUGAUAGGUUAAACAUAGGCGAUGGAGGGUCAUGCACUCAUGCUACCGAUCGCAAUGUUAGUCUUUUUUGUUUCCAUUUUUAACAAUGAUGCCCUUCUGAAAAGGAUUCUCCCCCAAAUUUUGGGCACCUAGCGAUGUCUAUGAGUUGGCUAGUCAUGUUUCACGUUCUUGA